GGCGCCGUGAGUGGAAAGUGAGCCCCACACCGAUCACGGCCUCCAGCUGUCCACGCCCAGGCUCUCCAAUCCCUCCCAACGCGGUCCAAGGUCCGAAAUUCAGACUCUCACUCACCGCACUCGAACACCCCCGGCCUUCCACCCAUCCAUCCAACCAGCCCACUUGCCUCCCCUCUCAGAUCUCCCCCCUCCACUUCCUCGCUCAGUCCCCUCACAUAAAUAAACUCGGACCUCCCCCUCUUUUCUUUCUCCAGAGACUCCUUCCCUCAUUCCCCCAUCCAUCCUGCCUUCCUUUUCCCCUCGUCUACUUUUGCUCUUUGUCCCAAGAGCAGUCGCGAGGUCUUUUCCAUACCCCCCUAAUUUCCGUUUGUUCACACAAUCACAUAUCACAAUGGUCCAGUCCUCGGUUCUGGGUUUCCCCCGCAUCGGUGUCCUUCGUGACCUGAAGAAGGCCAACGAGGCUUACUGGGCUGACAAGAUCUCCCAGGAGGCUCUCCUCGCCGAGGGUAAGAGGCUCCGUCUCGCCCACUGGCAGAUCCAGAAGGAUGCCGGUGUCGACAUCAUCCCCUCUAACGACUUCGCCCACUACGACCACGUCCUCGACCACAUCCAGCUCUUCAAUGCUGUCCCCGAGCGUUACACUUCCCAGAAGCUCUCCCCUCUCGAUGAGUACUUCGCCAUGGGCCGUGGCCACCAGAAGGGUGGUGUCGAUGUCCCCGCCCUCGAGAUGGUCAAGUGGUUUGACUCCAACUACCACUACGUCAAGCCCACUCUCCAGGACAACCAGACCUUCACCCUCGCCCAGGACCCCAAGCCCGUCCGCGAGUUCCUCGAGGCCAAGGAGGCCGGUUUCCAGACCCGCCCCGUCCUUGUCGGCCCCGUCUCCUUCCUUGCUCUUGGCAAGGCUGACCGUGGCUCCUCCGUCGACCCCAUCACCCUCCUCGACAAGCUUGUCCCUGUCUACGUUGAGCUCCUGAAGCAGCUCAAGGCCGCUGGUGCCGAGUCUGUCCAGAUUGACGAGCCCGUCCUCGUCUUCGAUCUCCGCCCCGAGGUCAAGGCUGCCUUCAAGCCCGCCUAUGAGGCCAUUGCCGCCGCUGGCGAUGCCGUCCCCAAGGUCAUCGUUGCCACCUACUUCGGUGACAUCGUCCACAACUUCGACGUUCUCCCCGCUUUCUCCGGCGUUGCUGGUCUCCACGUCGACCUUGUCCGCAACCCCGAGCAGCUCGAGCCUGUUCUCAAGCAGCUCGGCCCCAGCCAGAUCCUCUCUGCCGGUGUUGUCGAUGGUCGCAACAUCUGGAAGAACGACUUCGCCAAGUCGCUCGCGAUCCUCCAGACUGCCGUCAAGGCCCUUGGCCCUGAGCGCGUCAUUGUCGCCACCUCCAGCUCCCUCCUCCACACUCCCCACACCCUCGCCAGCGAGAAGAAGCUCCCCUCUGAUGUCUACGAGUGGUUCUCUUUCGCCUGCGAGAAGGUCAAGGAGGUUGCUACCCUCGCCAAGGCUGUGACCGAGCCCGAGGCCGUCAAGGCUGAGCUCGAGGCCAACGCUGCUGCCAUCAAGGCCCACUUUGACUCCAAGCGCACCAACGACCCCGCUGUCAAGGAGCGCCAGGCCCAGGUUACCCCUGAGCAGCACAUUCGCAAGGCCCCCUUCGACACUCGCUACGCCGAGCAGAAGAAGCACCUUUCUCUCCCUCUCUUCCCCACCACCACCAUCGGCUCUUUCCCCCAGACCUCCGAGAUCCGUGUCCAGCGUAACAAGUUCACCAAGGGUGAGAUCUCCGCUGCGGAGUACGAGCGCUUCAUUGAGCAGGAGAUUGAGCUCGCCGUCAAGAUCCAGGAUGAGCUUGACCUCGAUGUCUACGUCCACGGUGAGCCCGAGCGUAACGACAUGGUCCAGUACUUCGGUGAGCGCCUCAACGGCUACGUCUUCACCACCCACGCCUGGGUUCAGUCUUAUGGCUCCCGCUGCGUCCGUCCCCCCAUCAUUGUCGGCGAUAUCUCUCGCCCCGCUCCCAUGACCGUCAAGGAGUCCAAGUACGCUGCCUCCAUCUCCAAGAAGCCCAUGAAGGGCAUGCUUACUGGCCCCGUUACCUGCCUCCGGUGGUCUUUCCCCCGUGUCGACGUUCACCAGUCCGUCCAGUGCCAGCAGCUCGCUCUGGCUCUCCGCGACGAGGUCGUCGACCUUGAGAAGAACGGCAUCUACGUCAUCCAGGUCGAUGAGCCUGCCCUCCGUGAGGGUCUUCCCCUCCGCAAGGGUGCGGAGCGUGAAGCCUACCUCAAGUGGGCCGUCGACUCCUUCAAACUCGCCACCGCCAAUGUCGAGAACUCCACUCAGAUCCACUCUCACUUCUGCUACUCUGAGUUCCAGGACUUCUUCCACGCCAUCGCUGCCCUCGAUGCCGAUGUCCUCUCCAUCGAGAACUCCAAGUCCGAUGCCAAGCUCCUCAAGGUCUUCAUUGACGAGGAGUACCCCCGCCACAUCGGCCCUGGUGUCUACGACAUCCACUCUCCUCGUGUUCCCACCCUCGACGAGUUCAAGCAGCGCAUCGAGGAGAUGCUUGCUUACCUCAAGCCUGAGCAGCUCUGGAUCAACCCCGACUGCGGUCUCAAGACCCGCAAGUGGGAUGAGGUCAAGGGUGCCCUCUCCCACAUGGUUGAGGCCGCCAAGUACUUCCGUGAGAAGUAUGCCAACAAGGCUUAA